AUGGCUUGCUCCGGCGAAUGGGAUCGGCGAUGGGAGUUAUGCAUAUAUGGAGGUGGCGAAGGCAUUGACCAGGCAGCGGAUCCUAAAAUUAAGACGUUGGAUUAUGGAGUGUUCCAUUUAUAUCUGGAUAGUUGGGGAUACAAUUAUACGUGGGGAAAUGAGUGGAUAGAGCAGCACGAUAAGAUUGGUAAGAAAUUUGGAAGACCAAUUAUUUUGGAGGAGUAUGGAACGCCGUUUCCGUAUCAUCAUUCGGAGACUGAGGGGCCUUGGCAAGCUACGGCCCUUAAAUCGGGCAUAGCCGCAGAUCAGAUCUGGCAAUUUGGCCCGAAUGGAACAAGUGUAAAAGCGGAGGCUUUUGGUGAUGUUAAUACGAUUUACUACAAAACUCCGGAGUAUGAUGUGCUUGGGACGGGUCAUGCGAAUGCAAUGUUAAGGAAGAGGGUUUGA